AGGGCAUCUUCCCAAAGGACUUCCAGCUUGAAACUUUGUGUCGCCUUGCUCCAGCGACAUGAUGGAAAACUCGCAACCAAAAACUGUCCGCUUAUAUGGCUAGCCCGGAGGAUCUGUGGCAGCCACUCGCAUAAACUUCUCGGAACUCGUCCGGGUCCCGAGAAGAUCUAGAAAAACAAGGAAUGGGAACUUCUGCGAAUGGUGUCGGUGGUGGUUCUGCGAUUCUUCUCUGGAUUUCGGUGUUGACAAUCCUCCUCGGAGCUGCUGCCACUGUUGCCGCGAGGUCCACACUGGUCGGAGCAGCCACCGAAAUGAAGAACGAGUACUUCCACCAUCCUCCACUCGAGUUUCCAAAGCCGCCACCGUUCGAGUUCAAAGAACCUCCGUAUGAGCUGCCCAAGCCUCCGCCAUUCUCGUACAAGGAGCCACCGUUUGAUCUUCCAAAGCCACCGCCACUCUCGUACAAUGAGCCAGAGUUUACUCUUCCAAAGCCUCCGCCAUUCUCAUACAAAGAGCCACCGUUCGAUCUUCCAAAGCCGCCACCAUUCUCGUACAAAGAGCCACCAUUGGAUCUUCCCAAGCCGCCGCCAAUCUCCUACAAAGAACCACCGUUCGAUCUUCCAAAGCCGCCGCCGUUCUCGUACAAAGAGCCACCAUUGGAUCUUCCCAAGCCGCCGCCAAUUUCGUACGAGGCUUCAUUUCACCACCACUAGCAUGGUAAAUAGUAAAAACUGUACUUUGUGUGUGUAAAUCUCAAAGAACGUUUAUAAUUUAAAAAAGCGAUUAGGGCUC